AUGAAGGGUGAUCGUAUGCCGACCAUAUUAUCACCGAUUGCAUUGGCAAUUGGUGAGGAUUAUACUGAUCGUUGGUUAGAUUAUCUUUUAGACCCUUUAAAGUUGAAAGAUCAUUUAAAAGAAUUAAAGAACAAUACUACAAAUCAUCCAAAUGAAGCAUCGAUUGUAAAGACUUUAAUGAAACAAUAUGAAAAGGGUUACAAGGGAGGUGCUGCUGCCAACAUUUCUUCUCCUCCACCUCCUACUGCUACAGCUACAACAACAUCUACUACUCUGUCUGCAAAUUCAACUCCAACAACGACAACAACCAAUCUAUCAACUAUAACAACACAUAGAUUAAAGAUGUUGGUUAAUUUGGUGAUCAUUGUUAUUACAGAGGCUAAUUUAUCGUUGAGUGAUAUUGGUAAAAUCAUUCAAGCCUUUAAACAUCAAAGACUGCUAGUUGAGGAAUUGGAAUCGAGUCAACCCAAUGAUAGCGUAUUUCACACUUAUCUGAAAAGAUGGAUUAUCAGAGGUAUCAUUAAAGGUGAUCCGUUAAAAUACUUGAUCAACUCUUCACAUGCACUAUUCUCUAAAACAAUGGUAUUGGGUGGUACUGCAUCACCUCUUAUUCCCUCCAACACUCCCAGUCUUUCAUUGCAACAAACUUUGGGGUUGAUUGGUAUAGGGUCAAACAGCAGUCCUAGCAAUAGCGCAUCUUCAACACCGCCAUCAUCACCUCCUCCUACUCCACCCCAAUACAUUAGUAUACAAUCGACCAAGGAAAGAGAAAGAGAUUCACCAAUUGACAUUUUACAAAAAGAACCUGAAAUACUUGUUCUUGAACAAAUCACCAAAGAUUGUCUCGACUUUCUUAUCGAUUGGAUCGAUAAAUACAGAAAUAACAAAGACCUUCAACCUGCAAUCGCCGAAAUUACAUUAGAGCUAGGUGAAUACUAUUUCUAUAAACAAGAAUAUUCAAUUGCAAAAGAUUAUUUUAAUCAAUCUUUAAAAUAUGGAGAAUUUAAUAGUAAAGAAAGAGCAAAAUCAUUUUUAAUAGCAUGUAAAUCAAUGAUGGAUCAAGAAGACGAUGGAAUGAUGAAAAUUGAUUCAAGUGAUAAAAUAAUUGUAGAAAAAAGACAAAAAGACGACGAUGAGGAGGAAGAAGAAUCAACAUUGGAAAAGAUAGAAUUGGCCAUUGUAAAUAAUCAACAAGAUAAAAUAUUAGAGUAUCUAUACAUUGAUAUUAUAGAUUCUACUCUAAAUUGGCAAUUUAGAACAAAUCUAGAAAGACAUCAAAUCAUUCAUCAAAACAAUCGAAUCAAUAUCUUUAUUUUAAAUUUAAUUAAAUCUAUUAUUUAUCAAAAUUCAUUUAAUUUCAAUUAUGAUAUAAUUAAUCAAUUUAAUGAAAAGAGUUUUGAAUUUUUAUUUAAUACUGUACAUAAAUUCAUAUCAGAGGAGAAACAAAACAACAAUCAAUCAACGCAUUUGGAGAGAUUAACAUUUCAUUUAAAUAGAAUUGGUUAUAUUUUAAAUAAUGAUCAAUAUUGGAUUUAUUUUAAAAGAAUUUUACCAAAAUUAUAUACAGAAAUAGAUAUUAUUGAAAAGGAUGAUUUAGAUGAAAAAAUGGAUGAUGACAAUGAUGAAAUUAAAUUGUCAAAAUUUGAAAUUUAUGGAGAAAUAUUAAAUCAAGAUGAUACUAUAAAAACUGGUCAAUUAAUUAAAGAGUUAACUCAACAGACGGAUAAAACAAUCAUUGAUCAAUUACUUUUAGAAAAAAGUGUUAGACAAAUUAUCAAAAAACAAGAUUCUUCAAUCAAUGUUAAACACAAAGUAACAUUGGAAGAAAAAUGUUAUUUUGAAUUGAUUCAAUCAAUGAAUGAAUUUUACAAGAACGUAGGAGGAAUCGAUGAAGAAAAAGAAAAUCAACAAGUAAUCAACGCUUUAAAAAAUACAAUCAACAAAUAUACACCAACCUAUGAAAUGGUCAUCACCAUCAUAUCAACAUUGAUUAAUAAUAAUAGAUGGAAUGCAGUUUCUACAUGUUCUGACAUUCUAUCAAAACAACCACCAAAUAGUUACCCUUCACCAACCAUUGCAAGAUUAACCAAUACUCUUUUACAACUUUCAAAAUUACUCUCCUCAAUAUCAUUAAAUUUAAUUUCAAUUCAUUUAUUUUCAUCAUCAUCAAAAGAUUCUAUGGGUAUAUGUUGA